AUGUCGGACACGGAGGAAAAGAGGAAUUAUAAACAACAGUGGAUUGAGCAGGCAGCCUUGUCGCAUGCCCUAGCUGGCAACUCGUUGCCUGAAGUGAUGUCCGUGCACAAUGGACUGCAGGUCGUGUUGUGA